CGGGCUCGUGUGUUUUAGGAUUGGAGCUCGUGGCCUUGAGGAAAUUUCUGCGUCAAACAUCCCUUAAAAUGAAGAUCGCUGUUGAGGGUUGCUGUCAUGGAGAAUUGGACAAGAUUUACGAAACCCUUGCGCACCUAGAAAAGAAGGAGGACGUCAAAGUUGACCUGCUGUUGUGUUGUGGUGAUUUUCAAGCUGUUCGUAAUGAAGGUGAUCUCUCUUGUAUGGCAGUCCCUCCAAAAUACCGCCACAUGGAAACAUUUUAUAAGUAUUAUUCUGGAGAGAAGAAGGCCCCUGUACUAACAAUCUUCAUUGGAGGGAAUCACGAGGCUGCCAAUCAUCUGUGGGAACUACCUUACGGAGGGUGGGUAGCCCCAAAUAUCUACUAUCUGGGGUAUGCUGGGGUUGUCAACUUUGGUGGGAUGAGAAUUGGUGGUCUUUCUGGCAUUUACAAAAGUCAUGAUUACAAAAAGGGACACUUUGAGAGGCCACCAUACAAUGAUUCCACUGUUCGCAGUGCAUAUCAUAUUAGGAGUUUCGAUGUCUUCAUGUUGAAACUUAUUUCACAGCCCAUUGAUAUUUUCAUGUCUCAUGACUGGCCUUUGGGAGUUUAUCACCAUGGAAACCUUCAGGAGUUAUACAGGUUUAAGGGCUUUCUUAGACCCGAGAUUGAGAGCAACACAUUGGGAAGCCCUCCAGCAGCAGAGUUACUGACUUCACUGAAGCCAACUUACUGGUUUGCUGCACACCUGCACACAAAGUUUCCAGCCCUAGUACCACAUGAAUCGAAAGAAGGACUCAAGUUCACCAAGUUUCUUGCCCUGGAUAAAUGUCUUCCAAGACGGGAGUUUCUGCAGGUGAUUGAUAUUGGUCCUUCGCAAGCACCCCUAGAGCUGACUUAUGAUCCUGAAUGGCUCGCAAUAACUAAACUUACAAGUUCCCUCAACAAUUCAACACCAAGGAUAACAUUUAUACCAACUGCAGAACAAAUGUUACAGUACAAACCUGAUGGUCAGAUGGUUGAUGAAGUUGUUAAGAUGUUUGGAAGCCCACUUAAGAUUCCAGACAAUUUUGAGAUAACUACCUCUGCAUACGACCCUGAAAAACCAAAGAAGAUUUACAUGGCUCAAGUAUUGCCUGUAAUGAACCCUCAAACUGAGAAAUUUUGUGCAAAACUUGGAAUUAACAAUCCCUGCUGUUCUGAGAAGUCUGUUACUCCUUGCCCCAAUCCUGAAGAAAUAGACAUAAGGGAUGGAGAUGAAAAUAACUCUACAUUUCUUAGUAAUCCUGAUGAAAUUAUUGUUGAUGAUGAGGAAGAUGAUGAUGUUGAUGCAACUGAAGCAGAACCUAGCAUUGAUUCAUCAGUUGACAGUGUUAUUCCAACUCCUGAUGUGAAUAAACGAAAUCAAAACAGGUCUCUUUUAAAACUUCCAAAGCCUGUGAAUACUUUUACUAAAAGUGCUAAACACAAUGUAAUAUGUGAAGAUGACUUUUCUCACACAGAGGGUAGAAAUUCUGAGCUUGAGGAGGUAACCCAUGAAAGCUUAGGUUUAGAACCUCAAAAGAAGGUUUUGAAAAUUAUGAGGAGAAAUCAGACAUUCUAUGCUUCAAAUGACAAUGACGAAGACAGUGAUGCUUGAUUUUGAUGCAGAGAAAUUAUCAUUAUUGUUAUUUCAAAGUGUGAUUUUUUAAACUGCAAUCAUUAAAACUGCCCUUUUCUUUCUCUUGGCUACUUUUGAACUGUAACCUUCAUGGACUUAUUAAAUACAGUAACUACUAAAAUGAAAUGAUGUUCUAGAUCAUUCUCAGAAUAUAGGAACUUCUGUCAAAGUAUUUUGUGAGUUGUAACUAUAUUUGAAAAUGUCAUACAAUAAUGAAGAAACAGGAGUGUUAAUAAAUUUAACCACAACGCUGUAAAAGGAUCUCUACUUAGUCAGGAGACAGGGGUAAAAUCUCUCUUUUAUCCACAUCCUGCUCUUCAGUUUCCUUUACCUUUACGUCCCAUCAUUUUUCACCAGACACGGCAGAUUCACAAGAAAUCAAUUUUCACAAUUAAGUAUUCACUAUUUCCC